CCAGCUGAAGGAAGAGGAGGUACCUUUUCUGUGCGUGUGCGCCUGCUUUCCCACUUCCCGCCUUGUCUCCUUUUACAUUGACGUCCAUCCCGUCACCACCACCAACUUUCUCCAACAACAACUCCACCACGAACCAACUGCACCACCAUUUGCGCCAACUGCAACGACAGUCUUUUAGCAAACCUAAUCGAUAAUGAAAGAAACCGAAUAGAUCACGAGAUAUUGAAAGGGAUUUACGGAUGGUGCUACCGAGAGGGUUUUGUGAUACGCCACCACCAUUGUUGCUGUGAAAGCUACCCUAAUACAAGGUGCCGAGGGGACAGACGUGACGAGAUCGACAUAACUGUGGACAGCAGCCGCCCAUUAUACCCUUCGAGUUUCCCCGAAUACCACAAAUCAUGUCCGAUACCACAGCGUUCCCCGUCCUACCGCCGGCCGCCGCGGCCCCGAGCAAGCCGCAAUCGACGCAGCCGGCAUCAGUUCCUACACAGGCCUCUUCGUCUACAACGCAGUCGCAACUACCCCUUACCAAGAAGCUACGCCCUGGCGCUCCCAACCCCGUGAGCCUCAACGAAGCCGCUCUCGAUUCUCCGACAUUCAGAGCCUCUGCCGUCCACUUCUCCGAAAACCUCGACGUAAUCGAGCGAUGGCUCGACAACUACAUCCGCAGCACAUCCAAGGUGGUCCACGACCUGCUCGCACUCGAGGACAGCAUCCACCAUUACCUCCAAAAGAUUGCGCCGCCACCCGUCAACGCAACCGCCCAAGCCGAUGCCAUCAUCGACACCGACUAUACCUUCCUAGCCCUCCGCCGAGCCGGCGAUGGCGCCCGCGACUGGUGGACCGGAGUGAUGGCCACGGUACGGCGACUCGAGCCCAUCAGCGUCGAGCCCAUCCGCAACUUGGUCAACGGUGAACUUCGCACAUUCAAGGAGGCACGGCGAGCAUUGGAGGCUGCCCAGAAGACGUUUGACACGACACUCGCCCGCUAUGUGAGCCAGAACAAGACCAAGGAGCCGAGUGCCCUGCGCGAGGACGCAUUUGCCGUGUUCGAGACGCGCAAGGCGUACCUCAAGGCUAGCAUGGACUUCUGUCAAUCGGCGCCCCAGCUGCGCUUUGCGCUCGACAAACUGCUUGUGCGGGUUUGCGCCGAUAUGUAUAGGGAGAUGCGGCGCUCGCGGGGCGACGCACCCCUGGGUGCGGCGACUGCGGCGGAGGAGUUGGAGAGGAUACGCGGUUGGUCUAAAGAGAUGGAGUCGUAUGAGCCCUUGUUUAAGCGAGAGCUACAGGCGGCGAGGAAAGAGGUUGGGGAGGCGACACUGGCGGUUUAUAAGCCUUCGAGGGAGAUCGAGGACUACAGUGUUUCUACGGUGCCAUACCUGGGGUCUAGAGGACCGAUGAACAUGCAGCAGAAGGAUGAGACGGAUGUGAUAGCGGAGAAGCAAGGGUGGCUGUUCCUACGAGUCGUGUCAGGAAAGCCGGCGAGGACGACUUGGGUGCGCCGGUGGUACUACUGCCGUAACUUCCAGUUUGGCUGGCUCAUGAAUGGGCCGCAGGGUGUGCUGCAAGGAGACGAGAUCGGUGUGCUGCUUUGCAGUGCUAAGCCGGCUGUUCAGGAGGAACGCCGGUUCUGCUUCGAGGUCAAGACCAAGACACAGACACUUUUGCUACAGGCCGAAACUCAGACGCAGUUGAUGGAGUGGCUAGAGGUUUUCGAAGUCGCAAAGAAGAGAGCAUUUGAGGCGACAAUGGGUCGAGAGGCGAACGCUCUUAGCGGUGGCGUUGAUCCUGCCUUCUCGAUCAACCCUCCCACUAUCCCCGAGUUCUCGGCCAAAUCUCUCGACAAUGUCGAUGGAGAUGGGCCAGGCCCUGGCCUUGAGCGGACGGCAACACUCGCCGUCCCUGGUGCUGACGCUGCGGCACGCGCCAGCUUUGAUGCCGCCGCCAACCCUCCUCGGCGCUCGAUAACGACAACAUUGGGCCGAGAGGAGGGCGAGAGCGGCCGUGAGCAUGCUGCCCGACUCAUGCAGAGGCUCGAUCUACACAGGAAGGCUAUGCUUGCCAACCAGGAUACGCAAGCUCAGCCUUCUGGAGGUAUUGCAAACUUGAUAACAGCAAGUCAUGGUCUCAUAGGCAAUAGCCCUAUCGCACCCAUCGCGCCCCAGACUCCUGCUGUGCGGGUACCGAUUCCCUCGCUCGGCGGUCCUUUUGAUCACGCCCCUACCAGUCUUGCGCCUGCGACAUUAUCUAAACCUCCGGUCCCGACGAAUCUCAGCAGAGCCGCUGUUAUGGCCAGCGCCACUGCAGAUAUCAAUCGCGGUCUACCGAGUGCGGUUCUCGCCAACUACUGGGGUAGCAAUCCCUGGGCAUCCUCCUUCACGCCCUUGCCUGAAACUGUUCGGACGCCAAAGGUCGAUUUGGAUGAUCCACUUGUCGGCAUUGUGCAGCCAAAAGCUCCCGGCGCCAUGAGCGAGAAGGCCUCGGUUGCCAGCCUGCACAAGAAGACUCUUAGUGUAGAUGCGGCGUCUGAUGCCCACGGGAAGAUCCAGGAGAAGCAGGGCCAACUCGUCGAUUCCUUCCCGGUAAAUUAUCCUCCUGAGUUGAGAGCUCAGUAUGCGCAGUUCCGGUUGGUCUUCCCAACCGUUGCUCCAGAGGAGAAGCCUGUCUUGGUGUUCAAUGCUGCCUGGUCAAACUCGUCCGGCGAAGGCAAGGAAGGAAGAGGCAUGGCUGCCAAUGGACGUAUCUUUGUGACGCCCGAUAACAUGUACUUCUUUGGCCACCAGCUGGGUCUCGUCGUUGCCUAUGCCAUCAGCCUCGACAGCAUUACAGAGGUCACGGCGGCUCCUGGAAAGGAUUGCGAUUACAUCUUCCUACAUCUGAAUCAGGAUGCCAGCGAUCACAACAUCUCCCGUAUUACUAUCAAGAUCUUCUUGGACGACUUUACGCUCCUGCAUGCUCGACUUAAUCUCCUGGUCGAUGAUCUUCAGGCCGCUGAGCCAAUGAGCCUCGAAGAGGUUAUCACCGCGUUGAUUAACCUCGAAGGGGAAAGUUUUGACAAGAGAAGCCCCAGUGCGGAGAGUUGGGAGGAGGUUGCGUCAAACACGCCCAUGGAUGACGGAACACCCCAUGGUAGGCCUGUUCAACGCCGGAUUGGAGACUUGAGUGGCCGGUUUAUCAGAGGAGCACGCGGUCUGAAGAAAGCUCCAAUGCCCAAGUUCCAGCUACCAGCGCACCCUGUAUACUACGAACCGGAGGAUAUGGGCAAGCCUGUAGCAGAACGGAAUUUCGAGAUUAGCGCCAAGGCGUGUUUCCAUGUUCUGUUCGGUGACAAGAGCUUCAUCUUCCCCAAGCUCUACUUCGAGCGCCGGGCCAAGGAGAUCGCCCAGGGGCCUUGGGAGCUCAAAGACCACGGUGGCAAGAUGGCGCGCCAGUUCAAGUUCAAAGUCGAUAAAGCCGACAUGCUCGGGCGCAAAACGGAUGCAAACAUCGUCGACACACAGAAUAUCGACAUUUUCAACGAUCACAUCACCUACGUCGUCACCCACGUCAAGACCCCAUGGCACUUGCCCCAUUCCCACGCCUUCAAGCUCAUCACCAAGAUCGUCAUCACCCACGUCGCCAAGUCCAAGUGCAAGCUCGCCAUCUACACAAAGGCCGACUGGUCCAAGGCCCCCGCCAUCUCCAAGAACAUGGUCGAGCGGCAGGCUCUCGACGACGCCGCCAACGACGCCGAGGAGCUCGCAGAGGUCGCGACCGACCAGGUCCACCGACUCGGCCCGCACAGCCGCACCAAGCGCGCCAUCCAGGUGUACGGCAACAUCGGCCAGCAAACACAGGUCGUGGUCUUCUCGCCCAACGCGGGCCUCGACGGUUCCGGCGCCGCGUCGGGAUCCAAGAAGGGCCAGCCCAUCCGGGUGCGGACGCUGACGGCCAUGAUCCUCGAGACGGGCCGGUCGCUGCUGGAGAGCGUCAUCACGUCGGUCAUGAUGUGGGCGUUUGCGGUGGUGAAGAAGGUAUUCACGAUCAUCACCGCGCACCGGGUCUUGCUGGUUUUGUUACUGGCUAGCGCGGCGUAUAAUCUGGUGGUGGUCAGCCAGUCUAGUGCGGCGUGGUGGGCGGAGCGCAAGGCGGCGCGGUAUAUGGAGCGGAUAGGGGUGGGGCCGAACACGGUCAUGAGCAAGGCCAUCUUUUUGGCUGAUCUGGAGGAGGCGGCGAAGGGGAGCGCGGUGGUGGUGGAGAGGCCUGUUGGGAGUCAAUGCUACGAAACCUUCCAAUCAAUCCUCAACUCCACCGACCUCGACGCGCCCUACAACGACGCUGGCGCCGGCUUCGCCUCAGCAACAGGCAAGGCCGCGGCCCGCCGCCUCCGCCGCACGCGCCAGCGGCUCGGCACCUACCGCCAUGAUCUCCUCGUCGCCAUGCGCGUCGUCAACGGCAUCGAGAGAGAAAUGAUCCAAUCCGAGUGGGAGAACUGGCUCGCCGAUGAGAACCUCAGGUGCGAGCAGGUGAGCAAUAUGUUGCUUACUGGUAAUAAUGGCAGUGGCGUUCUUGAUCAAGAGGUUGUAUAUGAUGCCUCGCACCAGCAAAAGCAGAGUGUUUUGAGCUCUGAUACUACUUCUAUGGGUGCUACAGGUGCUACGGGUACUACGGGUGCUGGUACUACUAAUGGCGGCGACGGUGGGGAGGCUGCCUCUGAUGAUGGCGAGCAACAGCAUAUGACAAGAAGGGACGCGCUGAAGAAGUGGUACGCCGAAUACUGCGGCGCUUGUGAGGCCGAUCAGAGGGCCCUGUGGGAGGGGAAGAAGAUGCGGCAGGUGGAGAUGUCGCCUUUUCUUGGUUGAUUCAGUUCGGUAGAUGUGGUAGGUAAUCGAAGGAAGGAAGCACCCAUUGGGGAAAUGGGGCCCCAUAUCUUUAUUUUAGUUAUUUAUACCGGUGAAGAGAAAGAAUACUGAGAAGAGGGAAGAAGGAAGCAGUAGAAGAGGAAGCAGAGCAGCCAUCAGGAGACGUAUGCGUAUAAUAUUAGAACCAGGACAUAAACAAGUGGAUAGAUCUGUUCGUUGGUCUGGAUACCCUAUGUAUUCUCUUUGUAUCCUAGCAGAAGCCAAAAAGGGUUUGAGUAGAGGAGGGAGCAUCGAUGUAUUACCUAUCUACCCCAGCCAUUCAUCAUCAAAUUCUGGGGCUCGUCAAGAC